AUGUCAGUUAAUGCAUAUGACUUCAAACAAGUUGAAGAACCCGAAAUUUCAACUGCAGUAGGUACUACUCCUGCUGCUGAAAGUGGCCAAUUAUCUGUUGAUGGUAAAUCUGAAUCUCUUGAUGAAGCUGACGAAGAAGAGGACUCCAUAGGAGUAGAUCAAGCUUCCAAAAAGGAACUCGAUAGAAUUUAUCGAAAAUUAGAUUUCAGAAUUAUCCCAGCGCUUUGGUGCAUGUACUUUUUAACCUCUUUUGGAGGUAGUGCCUAUGGUUUAACCUUGACUAUGAAUAGAUCCCUGGGACACUCGUUGGCACAACAUUUAAACUUAACUUCUCAUGACACAUCUACAGCAUCAGCUUUAUAUUAUGUCGGUUAUAUUAUUUUUGAUGUUCCCAUGAAUCUUGUGAUGACCAAAGUUAGUCCUCAAUCUUGGUUAGCUAGAAUUGUUAUCACUGUGGGUGUUGUAUAUACUUGUUACCAUGCCCUUGAGAAUAGUAAAGGAAUUAUUGCGAUUAGAUUUAUCUCUGGUAUGGUUGGUGCUGGUACUUGGCCAGGUAUGUCUUACUACAUUUCAUUAUGGUAUCCAAAUGAAAGACUGACAAGAAGAAUCGGUUACUACUUUACUGCUGCUCAAAUUUCAGCUGCUGUAGCUGGAUUAGUUAGUGCAGGCUUCCAAAAAAUAGAUGGUAACAGAGGAUACACAGGUUGGCAAUGGAUGUACUUAUGCUACGGUGUCAUUACAAUUGCGGUUGGAAUAUCAUUAUUCUGGUGGUUACCGGAUAGACCAUUUAAAACUACAAAAACUGCAGAAGAAGAGACAAGCAAGAUCAUGAAAUUUUAUCGUAAAGUUUUCACUCCACCUCACCCAUUAAAUGCAAGGGAAAUUGAAAUUCACCGCAAAGAUAUUGAAAGUCGCUACACGUUACUUACUUGGACUUUUAAAGACGUUGUUGCUAUAAUAACUGAUUUGAGAAUUUGGCCCUUGAUUAUCAUGUAUUUCGGUGUUGUUGGAACCGGUUACGGGUUGGCAGUUUUUGGCUCAACUAUCAUUUCUGUGGAAAUGCCAACUUUAAGUUCAAUCGACGUAUCGUUACUUUAUGCUCCAAUUUGGCUCUUUGACUUAGGAGGUAUCUUGAUUAUGACUCCUAUUGCUGAUAAAUGGAAGUGGACGAGACCAAUUGUCUUUUCUUUUGCAUGCUGUAUUAUUAUCUGCGGCCUCUUUGUUACUACAUUUGCAGAGGGUCCAUGGAACAAAUAUGCUGGGUUAUUGAUUGCUGGGUUUGGAUUAGGUCCAACAGUUCCUAUUUGUAUGUCUUGGUCUGCAGAAAUAUUUGGGCCAAGGUAUGGUGAUGUAGGUUGUGCAGUUAGUGCUGCUUUGGUGUCUGGAUUAGGUAACUUGGGAUCUGUGACUGCAACUUAUGCUUUAUACAGUGGAUGGCCAGCUGACAAGGCAAGAUUGUACAAGUAUUCCAACAUGAUGUUGGUAGUAAUUACUGGUACAAGUAUCCUUGCAUGCGGAGUAUUACUCUUAAUUAAAGAUAGAGUAAGACAAAGAAAUUGA